GAUGUGUAAUACAGUUGUUAUGCCUUGAGUACGACAGGAAGCAAUCCUGUGUUUAGUACGCUGUCAUACAACCAGUGUUGGUGUGUAGUGCUGGUCUAACUGUUGGAAACACAUUCUUCAUUCGACUCCUUCAAGAUGGCCUUCUGGAUAUUCCUCAUAGUCGCUGCAUGGCUGUAUUGCGUAGUUGUGGCAAUAGUUGUGGUUGCAGGCCUCAGUUUUCUGUGAGAGAGGAACCCAGAGCCACUCCUUUGCGCAAUGACCUCCGCGUUCAAGAACGAUGGACAUAUAAUAUUGGGCAAGCAGGCUGUUUGAGCGGAGAAGGCGAACAGCUGCCCGGUACCCGAAUAUAAACAGGUAAGAUAGGAAAAAAGGAAGGCGUCUCAGCGAGCCGCUCAAUUCAAGCUUGCCGGUAACCCGAAUAUGCCAUUGAGAUGCUGAACUGAACUUGCUGAUAACAUAGAUGAAGCCCACUGUAACGCCCCCAUUUGAUGACUUCAACUGUAACAACACCUCAUGUAUUACUGACGAUCUCAUAUGUGACUACCACGACGACUGCGGAGAUGGCUCUGACGCGAAGCGCUGCGGCAACUGUCCGUGUGACGACAUCAAAUGCAACGGUAGCAACAGCUUCCUGAAAGGGAGGGUCUGUAUCGAAGACCUUGAUCACUCGGUGAAGAUAACUACUAAUAGACAUUUUCGCACAAGCACCAAAUCCCCAGGUCCGUCCCUCUCGGACCCCUUUCGCACAAGCAGUGUUGGAACUUCUGCUCCUUCUGUGUCCUUUGUCUCGGCUCAAGAUGCGCAACGUAAGAGUACACCAGAUACAGCAGUGACCAUCCACGACCCCUCGAAGCAGACCUCUCUCUCGUCACGUCCGCUAGUGCUGCCUUCGUGCUACUUUUGCAUCUCCCUUUCAUGUUAGCUGAUGACGUGCCUGAAGGUCCACACAUGUCGUGCCUAGUGCUACUCGGCUAAAUUGUUCAGGUUUGCUCGUCACCAUUAAUGAGCAUUGACUGCGUCAGUGACCUUGAAUCGGCCGUUGCACAGCACAAUAACCUGUACAUUCAGUGCUAUGACGCAUCUAAUUUCAUUCCGAAGAUUCACAUGCUUGUGCACCUGGUAGAGCAAAUGAAGCAAUUUGGCUCACUCAAACAUCAUUCCACGAUGAGUUGCGAAACUACAAAUGCUCUUCCGAAAUUCAAAAAGUACGACAACUUCAAGAAUAUUCCAUUCUCGGUAAGCGAGCUCUAUCAAGUAUACUCGUAUGUGAAUCAUUCGAAUGGGUCUGGUGUUCCAAAGAGGAAGUACUGCAUCAGAGAAAAUAUUGAGCAGCACUCUGUUCCUGUUUGUGUUGACGUGAGGUUGGUUUCGGCAGGUAUGCCCGCUCAGUUUCUUGGCAGUGAGGUAAACCUUGUGGCUGCCACUUUUGUCGACAACGAUCGACAUCAAAGCAGGACAUGUACUGAUUUUGAGUACUCCUUCCUCAGAAAUUAUGUUUGCAAAAGGAAUGCAGAUAAUAUGUAGGGGAUAAGAAAAGUACCUUUUUGCUAAGCUACUGAUUCAGAAGGCAUUGAAGCGCAAAAUCAAUGCGUUGAUUCUGCAAUCGACAGAUCACGAAGUAGUUGUGUCCACUGACAGGCUUCUUUCCUUCUUUCCCUUGGCCAUGUUUUGUGUAUCAUAAGAGCAAUAAUGGUGUGAUUUGUGUACCACGAUGUUUGCAUUUUGUGCCCUAACAACCCUUUUGAAAGGUCAUUGAAGCUUGCUCCUGACCAAACUUGUGCCCACGAAACAAAUUGUGCUCCCAUUUUGCAUUUAUAUGUAACGA